UGAUGUAGUUGUCCUAAUAGUGAGGACAAAGAGCCUACUAGUGCGCUGAAUUGAGCCACUGAGAACAAGAGUGGGCUAACUUAUCAAGGUUUUGUUCCACUUUUGACAUAUAGGGGGGUGGGGGCAAUCUUUUUAUUGCACUCCUGCCAACUCCCAUUUCCAAGAUGGCGGCACCCAUAAAAGCUGCCUUCUCCUGCAAAAACAUCCCAAAAUGUGAGCUAUGAAACUCAAGGUGAUGACGGUACCCCAGUUCAAUGUCCAAGCAAUAUGAUCCAAGGCAAAAUCAUUAUAUAACCACGAUAUAAAUCCCCGAUGUUAUUGCACCCAUAGAACUAAAAAUGGAGUUAGCCCACUCUAGUUCUCAGUGGCUAGUACACAGACCUCAAACAGCUUUCCAUAGUAACACUGGAGAGGAAGUAUGAAACUUUGAUUAUUGGAUGUUAAUUUUGUGACCUGCUCGUUGACCUGACCUUGCAAAAAGGCCCGUGUGUAUUUUGGCAGGUGUUAGCGGCCUGCCGAGUCUGAUAAGAAGCGCGCGUCUUUGCGUCCGCCACGUUGUCAGAGCAGAGAGAACCCUCAGCGACCAUGUCGGGACUCAACGCCUCUCUGGGCUACUUCCUGGCCUGUGUGGUUUUGGCGGCCUCCACGCGGACGCUGCUGAAAAAGUGGCCUCGGCUCGCCUUCCUGUCCGAGUUGUCGUCGUCGUUCAUGCUGGUGGCGUGCAGGCUGGAGGUCCAAACCAUCGUGGAGGUGGGCGAGUGGGCCGGGGGCUUGGGCCCGGACGUCACGCUGACCGUGUUGUCGGCGGUGCUGCUGGUCCACGGCGCGGUCUGCGGAGAUCAUUCGGGGAACCCCAGCGUGAGCGUGCUGAGGUUCCUCCAGCUGGACGCCGCGCCGGCCGCCACCGUCCUGGCCGUCGCAUCCCACUUCCUGGGGGCCCACCUGGCCAAGUCGGCGGCCGAGUACUACUGGAGUCUGGAGCUGACCGACAUGCACAUGAUCAAGAACCUGAUGGCCAGGGAGUGCAGCACCUCGCUGCUGGUCUCGCCGACGCAUGGCUUCUUCACCGAGGGGGUGUGCGCGCUCCUCUUUCACCUGGCGCACCUCUUGCUGAGACGGAGGGCCGCCCUCAUCCGGGUGCUGUUCGGAGCCGCGCUGCUCACCUUCCUGUCACACACAGCCAAAGGUUACACGUCAGGUUACGUCAAUCCUUCGCUAGCUUACGGGCUCACUUUUCAUUGUCCUGGAUUCACUUUCACCGAAUACGCUCUUGUCUACUGGCUGGCCCCAAUCACAGGUAAACAGCACUCACACGCAUUAAAGAGAAGACUUUAUGGAAAAGGGGCUUAUCAAUGGAUUGUACACAAAUCGUUGGGUUUUCGGAAUGCUUGCCCACCCAUCAAGUGUGAAUCUGUGUGCUUUCCAGGAAUGAUCUUGGCCCUCCUCCUGUACAUGGGCCACAUCCCAAGGAUCUUUGCCAAGAACCUGCUCUAUUUUCACAAGACGCGUUUCCGUGUGCCCAAAGGAGGAGAAAAAGAAAAGAAGAAAUGAACGACAUUUGUCAUUUUAUUUUAUAGCAAUACACCCUUCAAAAGGCCACAUGACACCAAGAACAAAAAAAAGUUAGCACAAUUCUGGGGAAAAUGUCAAUACAAAACAUUUGCUGGUUGUUUUCAAUAAAAUAAAUAACAAAUGAAAUCCCA